GCAUAUCACAAAUUCCCAGGCAGCUUAUUUCAACGGCCCAUAUGCGUUCUGAUGAGAUCGGACGGUCCACGAGAACUGUACAUUGCCCCUCUCACGGAUUACAAUGUUUCGCUUUCGGACCAAAGGUGGGCCCCACAUGGUACUGUGUCCUGAGUGCUGGCUCCUCACAAAGGCGGGAACCAGUUUUUUGUCGCAGAGGUAUGGUUCUUUGUUGUCUUCAGAAAGAGAGAGAGUGUGUAGAGAGAGAAAUAAGAGACAAUCACUGAAGCACUCUACAUGCUGUGUGCGUGACUCUGUCACUGUUUGUGUUUAAACACCUAAAUCCAAUGACAUUGCAGUUUCUGAGGAGCAUUUCGUUGUGUCUGUUCUAGUUGCAGUUAUUGUUGUUGUUGUGGUUCAAGUUUGGUUACUACCACAUGUUCAUGCCCCUUCAAUUCCUGUUCAACUUUUUGACUUUCUGUUUGGUUUCCAAGGAAAAAGAUAGCAACUUGUUUCUGGGGCUAGUUUGCUUUUGGUUGGGUUUGUUAGUCCCUGCUGGCACCUAGGAAUAGUGGGGUUUUGGUUUGUUUUUGUUUUCAAAAGGUUCAAAUUCUUGUUCUGAUUCCUGUGAAGGUAGAAAAUUUAUGAGUGGUGAGAGGAGUGAAAGGAUGGGAUUCGGUGGUAAAAUGUAAACUAUUCGGUGACAACAUGUGUCCUUGCUUUUCUGAGAUGGCUUUCUUGUGAAGAUUUUGGUUUGAAAAGGUUGAGGAGGAUGCUUAUGCUUAUGCUUAUUCUUGUUCGCGUGCUUGAACUUUAUUUAACCCAUUUUAGCAUCAAGUGUAAAAAGUUGUUCUUGGUCAUGUUUCCAAGUGUUGAGGUGAUGGUGGGUUUGGGCAUUUGAAUGAUUCAUGCCUCAUUUUGGAGCUUCCGGGAUUGGUUUCUGGCUUUGUUUGUUUGUUGUUCUUUGAUGUUUAGGAAAAGGAACAUCGCUUCUUCUCUUGCCAGGGAAUUGUUGGCACUUCAGCCACUUUUUAUUAUUUUCUUGUUCAGCUUGCACCACAACACUGUGCAAUGUCAAGGAAGGUUGAGUAAACAUGUUUCUUCAGAGCCUCCAUCGCCUUCUAGGCCAUCACCACCUUCAUCAUCAGGAUACAGGGAUGACCCCAAGAAGAUAAUUUUGAGCUUGGUUUUAGGAGCAGUAACUGGACUAGUUUGUUCUGUUUUCUUUGCACUUGUGGUACGUUGUGUGGUGCAGUACCUAAACCGCACACCAAUCCUCAAGGGGCCUGUUAUUUUCUCCCCCAAAAUUGCCCCCAAGACACUCCAAUUAGCUUUGGCGAAGGAAAACCACUUGCUUGGUUCGAGUCCUAACGGGAAAUACUACAAAACUGUGCUUGACAAUGGACUCACUAUUGCAGUGAAAAGGCUAACACCCUUUGGAAGCAGCUCCCCAGAGGCUAAGAAAAAAUCAGUGAAGAGGCAGAUACAAACUGAGCUAGAGCUUCUUGCAAGCUUAAGACACAGGAACUUGAUGAGUUUGAGAGCCUAUGUACGUGAGCCUGAUGGUUUCUCAUUGGUUUAUGAUUAUGUGUCCACUGGGAGUCUUGCUGAUGUGAUGAAUAGAGUUUGGGAGAAUGAAUUGGCCUUUGGUUGGGAAGUUAGGCUGAGGAUUGCUGUUGGUGUGGUGAAGGGUCUUCAGUAUCUUCACUUCACCUGUGCGCCUCAGAUACUGUUGCACUACAACUUGAAGCCAACAAAUGUGAUGCUGGAUGGUGAUUUUGAACCCAGAUUAGCGGACUAUGGUUUGGCCAAACUUCUACCCAACUUGGAUAGAGGAACUUCUCUCUACACUCCUCCUGAAUGUUUCCACAACUGCAGGUACACUGACAAAAGUGACAUCUUCAGUUUUGGCAUGAUACUAGGUGUUUUGUUAACUGGUAAGGACCCUACAGAUCCAUUCUUUGGAGAAGCAGCGAGUGGUGGAAGUUUGGGAGGUUGGUUGAGGCACUUGCAGCAAGCUGGUGAUGCGAGGGAUGCCCUUGAUAAGAGCAUGUUAGGGGAAGAAGGAGAGGAAGAUGAGAUGCUAAUGGCUGUUAGGAUUGCUGCUGCAUGCCUCUCUGAUAUGCCUGCAGACAGGCCUUCUAGUGACGAGCUUGUUCACAUGCUAACGCAACUGCACAGUUUUUGAACCAAACCAUCAUUCUUGGGUUUCUAGAGAUUUUUUCUUCUUGUUCUCUUAUCCCUAUAUCUGUAAUAAGAUUAUAGGGGUGUGUGGCUGGCCAUGAUUCUGGUGUAAUUGAUUGUUUUCCUUGAUCUUGGUUUUUCAUGGUGUGGUUUCUAAUCAUCUACUUUCUGUUUC